AUGCAGCCUCUCGCACCUCUCGCACCAGAAACCGAUGGAGAUCAGGCCACCCAGCAAGUCCCCUUCCGCUCCGUCUCCAAGCAUACGCAUCACACUUGGGCGCGCACCUUUUCUUGCAUCGCAGAUGUCUAUGUGCAGCCCCAGUCGCUGGCCGAGAUUGAGAAUGUGGUCAAUCUUGCGCACAGAUAUCGCAAGCGGGUCGUGACGGUGGGAUGCGGGCACUCGCCCUCCAACAUCGCCCUCACCUCGAGCUGGCUGGUCAACUUGGACAAGUACAACAAGAUUCUCUCCCUCGACCCUGAGACCGGCGUCGUGGUGAUGCAAAGCGGCAUCCGCCUGUACACACUGUGUGAGGAACUGGAGCGUCACGGCUGGGCCAUGCCAAACCUCGGCAGCAUCAACCAGCAGUCCAUUGCUGGCGCCAUAUCAACAGGAACCCACGGCAGCAGUGUCCGGCAUGGCCUCAUGUCUGAGGACGUCCUCUCUCUCAAGAUCACCCUUGCCAAUGGCACCACCCAGGAGUGCUCGAGAGACGCAAACUCUGACCUCUUCCAGGCUGCGCUGCUCUCACUCGGCUCACUGGGCAUCAUUUCGGAAAUCACUUUCCAGGCCGUCCGAGCCUUUGAUCUUCGGUGGAAGCAGACCAUCGAUUCCGACCUGAAAGUCUUCAACUCAUGGUCGAAAGAUCUGUGGACUCAGAGCGAGUUCGUCCGGGUCUGGUGGUUCCCUUAUACACGCCGGGCGGUGGUCUGGCAGGCUGAUCAGACAGACGAGGCGCACCGUGAGCCUCCAGUGAGCUACUAUGAUGGAGCCCUCGGCUACUACGUCUACCACAACCUGCUCUACCUCGCACAGUCGUUUCCACGCAUUCUCCCCUGGGUCGAGUGGUUUGUAUUCGGCAUGCAGUAUGGGUUCGCCAACGGUUCCACCACGAGUGCCGUCCAGCCGAGUCGCAAAGCGUUGUUGAUGAACUGCCUCUACUCUCAGUUUGUUAACGAAUGGGCUAUUCCCCUGCACAAGGGGCCAGAGGCGCUCCGCAGACUGAGCUCGUGGCUCAACCAACUUUCUCCUAGCGAUCCGGACUAUGUGCCACACAACAUCCCUUUCUCCGCCGAGGGCCUCUAUGUCCACGCACCAGUUGAGGUUCGCGUCAGUGAUACAACUCUGACUUCAAACGCCCGGCCUCUGCUUGACCCGACUGUCAAGGACGGCCCGACAUUGUACCUCAACGCCACUCUGUAUCGCCCUUACCUGCGUGAUCCACCCUGCCGGGAACGUUACUAUCAAGCUUUUGAAUGGCUGAUGAAAGACAUGGGCGGCAGACCGCAUUGGGCCAAGAACUUUGAAGCUUAUCGCCCGGAAAUCGAACUCAUGUAUGGCGACGACCUCGACAAGUUCAGACAGAUCCGAGAUGCUGUCGAUCCAGAAGGCAUGUUCCUAGGCCCUUGGCACAGAGCCCGCAUUCUUGCGGAGGAUGCCCGAUAUGAGCUCGAGGAGGUUGAAGUUGAAAGAACAAAGUCUGUUAAGAAUGGUAUUACAGUGUUUGGAAAAGUUUGA